GAUAUCUAGACCUUUAUUAUCUAAUUUUAAAAGUAUCGCUCAUUACCCAUCUAGAUCUAGAUACCAAGCAACAAGUUGGAUAUCUGUCUCCUUUACUCACUCUGUCUAUCCUCUAAGUCAUGGCUAAAGGCAUCCAAAACUGCUGGCUGUAUUCAGUGUCAUCUGUCCUGGUAUCCUUCAUUCUUUGCUCUGCUCUAGUUACCACCUCCUCCAUUCAUGGCAUCCUUCAAGAGGCCAAAUUUGGGCCCUUUAACUUCACAGAGCUUGAGCAGGCUUUAUAUGAUGUUGAAUUGCUCAGAGUACCGCUACCAGAGAGUGCCCUGUUGAGUCAAGGCCGAGAAAAGGCAGAUUACACGACGUUAGUCUCCAGACACGGUCAGAGGUAUGCCUGCGAGUUACCAUGGCAGUCAUCCCCGAGUGAUGAGCACACUAUAGAGGAACAAAAACAACCUGACAUGAACAUCACAGCUUUGUUACUACCUCUACAGAACAGACCAUGUCCUAUUAAGACAGUGGGAUGGUGGACCUACGAGUAUUGUCACGGCCAGUUUGUACGUCAGUACCACAUGGAAGGUGGUAAGGUUGUAGGGAAGACCAUCUAUAUCGGUUUCUAUGAGAACGAGACUGAGUGGAACAAGGAACAAGUUGACAGGGUACAGAGUAUUGUUAACUCUCUGAAGGAUACGGUUGGAGCUGGUCCUUUGCCAGUCACUUACCAUCAAGUACAUUUUGUCAAUGGAACUGUCUGUGAAGCUAACAAGAAACCAAGAACAGCCAAAGUCUUGAUCCGUUGCAGCCUAAGCAGUGACGACAAGUUGUACGAGGUGGUGGAGAGAGAGACGUGUAGCUACACACUCAUCAUCCACACCGCUAUGCUCUGUCAUCACCCUCUCUUUGUCACGGGGAACAGGGGUCGCACUCACACUCUCUCCUGUCACCCACUUCUCUCUCAGAGUGACUAUCAAAAGUACCAGGAACGGUUAGGUCACAGCAAAAGAAGUGCAGACAGCCCAAAUACUAUUGAGCACAAACUACCAACAAAUGGAGAUUUUCAGUCUUUCCUUUCAGAAUUUACCACCUCCCAAAACAAAGACCAUAUACAUGUACCAACCUCACAUACAACAAUGGAGCAGUCAACCACUCCUGGUGAAGCAACUACAAAUACCGACAACACUGAACAGAACCCCCCUUCACUUAACAAAGGUGAAAAAGUAGGAGAAGAUAUUGAUAGUAAAGUCCACACAAGGCCUUCUUUGAGUGAUAUGAAGGAUUUGACAGUGGAGAAACUCACUCAAGAGAUUGAGUAUGCUUACAAGCAGUUGGUAGCUAGUCUAGAUGAGCAAAAAGACACUGACCCAACAGCAGCUCGACUGAAGAAGUCUAUCACUAGUCACUACUCAGACUUUGACAAACUUAGGAAAAGGAAAGCUAUGGAGGAAGAAGUUGAGAAGCACUUGACAGAGGAUGUGAAGAACUUCAAAGAGUCUAAGGGUGUCCUCUCCUCCAAGAAGGAACGUCCUGCAGUGAAGCCGUAUGAAGUACAAGGUGUGAGGGAGGCACAGAGAUCAGUCGACGCCCCACUGGAGAGGGUGGGUGAGAAGGAGCUUGUGGAAGAAGAUGCGCUCACUUUCGAGAGGUUAACCGAUAUGGAGGAGGCAAUAAACAAAGAGAUUGAAGAACACCUUCGGGAGAAUGGAAUAGAAGGCAAGGCUGAUGUGAAAGUGGUUGCCUUGCCGAUGAAUGUCAUGGAGAUGCUGCUGGAUGAAGAUUCUGAGUUAGAGACUGAUGGUGAAAAUGAUGAUACAGUCAAAAUGAUACUAAAGUUCGGGGAAGGCCAGCUUUUUGGAAACUCCGAACUGUCAAAAUUGUUUACCCUUAAUAGCCCCCCUACUGACGAGAGGAGGAUGAGUACCGAUGAACGAAGAGUGAGAGAUCUAGAGAGCAGCUACGACCAGGUGUGGGGGGAGCAGGAGGAGGCUGACAAGAAGAGGAGAACAUGACAAAACUUUUAGGUUGACGUAACGAUAUCUGUUGUUUUGCUCACAUUUUUACUUCUGGCACAAUGUAGAGUGUUGGUCGUUGUAGUUAUUAUUUACGUCCACCAUUCAUUACUUCAUGUAUAUCCUGUCACAUGUGUUUUUGUGAUAACUAUGAAUAUGCUAUGCUCACAAUA